AUGGAAGACAAAAUUAAAGUUAUUGGACAUCCGGUUCCUCGUCCACCUAUGGAACAAUUAAAAUCCACGUAUAAGUUGAAGGGGAAAAUUAUGUCCCGCAACUUUAAUGUGUCAUCGUAUGACCAGCAAUGGCUGUGUGGAUCGGCGAAAUUAAAUAAACUGUUCUGCUGGCCAUGUUUGCUUUUCCGUAGCGCCAAUGAAAAAAAUGUUUGGAGCAAGGAAGGAUAUAGUGAUCUGAAUCACCUUUCUGCGUCAAUUAAAACGCAUUCGAGCUCUAAAGAUCACAUAAACAAUUCACUUGCCUUAUCGAUGUUCGGGCAAAUGAGGUUAGACGAAGCACUUGACCAUAGCCGGCAGAUCGCCCGCAAUAAGCAUAACGAAGAAGUAACGAAAAACCGGAAGGGUAUGCGAACUUCAAUUGAGAUCACCUGUUUCCUUGGCACUCACGGUCUCGCCUUUCGCGGACAUUAUGAAUGUUCCGAUUCCACGAACAGAGGAAAUUAUAACGACCUCUGCACGUUGAUCGCCGCCAGGGAUCCAGCAUUCCAGGACUUUAUAAAUAAUAAAGUUUUCAGCGGAACGUCGGGAGGAAUUCAGAACGAGCUUAUAGAAUGCAUUGAAGGCUACAUGCUUCAAACAAUUAAAAGAGAAGUUCUUGAUGCUGAGUUCGUGUCCAUUAUGAUGGAUGAAUCAACAGAUUCGGCUCGGUUAUCGCAACUAUCUUGUACUCUGCGCUACUUACGGCCCGAUGGAACACCAGUUGAAAGGCUCGUUAGAUUGGCAGACGUUAGCAGUGACAAAACCGCCGCUGCGUUGGCCGGACACGUUGAUGAAAUAGCAGCGUAUUUUGGUCUUGAUGGUGACAAAGUUGUAGCUCAGAGCUAUGAUGGAGCUGCUGUAAUGUCCGGGGACAAAUCUGGAGUGCAAACAUUGAUGUUCUGUAUCAACGUAGUAGAAUGUUUACGUAACGCCAAGGCUUGCCUCGCUUCUAUCGAAGAGCUCAAAGCAGAGCAUCAUUUCUACAGAACGCUUAAUGAUGCAAUUGAUGUUUCUGGCGAAACGGUCACUGAUAGCAACGGUAUCAAUUAUCGUCCCAUAUAUGACUUUAUCAUUGACAAAAUUAUUGACGAAAUGUCUAAACGAUUCAAAGAACUAGAUGAAUACAAAUUCAUCAUUUGCCAAAUUUGCCGAAUUCAAUGUCACAUUCCCUACAAAGAAUUUGAAAAUGCUUAUUUCGUACCAUUCUAA